GCUUUGCAGUGCUUCUCUGCGCUCCAGUUCGAAACGAGGAGCGAUCGGCGUGCGCGGCUCAAAACGGACGCAAUCGCGCGCCUUUUUCAUACUGACGUUUACAAAUUUGAAUUUCGAAUUAUUUUUUUUUAAUACUGCCAGUGGUGAUGUACAUUUUUAAAUCGUAUUCCAUUACAACGAGUGUGUUUUACAUGAUGCCAGAUUGAAAAACAAAGCUAUGGCAGUAAACUUUUUUAAAUAUAAAAUUUAAACCCCAGUCUAUCUGCUUAAAACAUAAUGGACGGUGGUAAAAUGUUAAGAAUUAUUGUUUUUAUAGUUUUAAUUGCUAGUGUAGUGAACGUGAAGUGUGAAGUGGAAGAUGUUCUUACCCAAGACUUGCCUAUUUUAUUUAAUCGGACAAAACUAUCCGAAGAUGUGUGUUCAUAUUUAUUUUUUGAUGAGAAUCAGACAUCUUACUGUCAGAAAAGGUUUCUGAGACUAUACCGAAAACCUGCAACGUCUCUUCCGCCGAGUUUAACAGUGAGAUGUCAAAGUGUGGACAGCGUUACCUUCAUGAGAAGUUCGAAGGAGGGCUGGCAACUUGUAGUACUAAUACCGCAAGAGAAAGACUUCGAACGUGCAGUAACAUUCACAAUACUGGAAAGUAGUGAUACAAUCGGUCAAUUGAAUACAACGCCAUCUAGGAAUUACACAUUGUGGACAACACUACUGGAUAAAGAUGGUACUCCAUUGCUCUGGCAGCGUGGUCCAGAUGUCUAUAUUUGGACAAAUCCGGGGCAUGUUAAUUACGAAGUUAAAAUUGAAAUGUUGCUGCGUCACUACAAGAAUGGUACCAGAUAUAUACCAGCAGAGUUUACGUGGAAUGCUAUUGAUGAAAGUGAUUCUUGCUUCAGCGUUGUGAACAAAUGUAACAACGAUACUCAAGGAGUUUUCUUCUCGGACAGUAUACAGCCAGACGGCAACCGGUCUGCGGUAAUAGAAAGGCUACCACUGGACGAUGUGUGCGUGUUCAUGCUUACCGGCAAAUACGGGCAGACGCUGGUGAAGUACCGCACUCCGCAAUGCUACGACAUACAAGGCUGCGUACCAUUACCGGAGCAGUUCAGCAACGUGUCAAUGAAGGUGACGGAGGCAUAUGGCAACUGGCGCGUACUCGUGAGUUGGAAACGACCGCGAGUCACACCAACACACUACAAUGUGUCACUGUACGCUGACACCACGCAUAAUGUUAUUGUGCCAGGAAAUGCUACUGAGGUAAUGUUCGAGGAUGUAUCUGGUGAAGGCCAGUAUACUGUGAGCUUAGCAGCGACAACAGCAGGCGGGACAGCACGCACCAGCCGCACUGGAUACUUCCCUAUACUGGAGAAAAUCAGCAACUUGUCUAUGGAAAUCGGUGAAGCAAAAGACGGGGGCUGGCGCGUGCGCAUGCGCUGGGCUCGGCCGCGCUCAACACCUAUACAGUACAACGCCACGCUGUACUCGGACACUGUGUAUAACAUGGUUGUUCCAGGGAAUUACACUGAAGUAAUAUUUGACGAAGUAUACGGUGAGGGUCUAUUCAACGUGAGUCUGAUGUCCACCUCGACCAUUGGCACAGCGUACACGAGCAGCGAAGGAUAUUUCCCAAGUGAGAAGUCAAGCAACAUGACUGUGAAGGUGUUGGAAGGCGAGAACGGUGGUUGGAGCGUACGAGCGAGCUGGCCGCGCGAAACUGACGAGCCAGUGCAGUAUAACGCUACAUUAUACGCUGACACUGUCUACAACAUUAACUUACCAGGGAACUCAACUGAAGUGACAUUUGAUGAGGUAUACAGCGAGGGUUCAUACAAUGUCACGUUGUUAUCCAUCACGUCUUCAGGCAAGCAACUUUACGCCAGCCACCAGGGAAACUUUCCACGACUGGGCCACACACUGAGCGUGGGUCUGCUGGUGGGCGCGGCGUGGCUGACCGCGCUCGUGUUCAUCAUAGCGGUUUCCAUGCUCGUCUACCUCAAAAAGAAAAACUCGAAUAAAGACAAAUUUGAGUACUUUCAGGGUCUGAAAGACAAGCUGUACAAGGAGGGUGCGCUGGAGGCGGUGUCGGAGCCGGUGGUGUCCGAGGACAGGUGGGAGGUGUCGGCGUCGCGGCUGGCGCUGCACGAGCUGGUGGGGGAGGGCGCCUUCGGCCGUGUGCGCCGCGCUACCCUCGCGCCCGCUACCGAAGUCGCUGUCAAGAUGCUCAAGGAGUUCCCGACCGCGGACGAGGUGCGGUCGUUUCGCGCGGAAAUGGAGCUGAUGAAGAGCGUGGGGUCGCACCCGCACGUCGUCAGCCUGCUGGGCUGCUGCAGCGGCCGCAGACCACUCAUCGUUGUAGAGUACUGCAGCCGCGGUGACCUACUCACAUUCCUCAGGAAUUCCUGGGACGUGAUGUUAACUAAACGCAACGCGAGAUACUACAACACCAAAGACAAUCUAGAAUAUGGAACGGAUCUGUUUAAAAUUGACGAACACGACCAAAGCAAAGCUGUCGUCAACAAGCUGUACAACUUGCAAGACGUCUGCGACGAGCUCACGUUCCUCGAUCUCCUCUCCUUCUGCCGACAAAUCGCGAUGGGCAUGGAGUUCCUCGCCUCAAACAGAGUUGUCCACAGAGAUCUAGCGGCGAGGAAUGUUAUGGUAACCGGCGACAAGACUCUGAAAAUUGCUGACUUCGGUCUAUCGCGUGACAUUUACCAAGAGAACCUGUACAAGCAAAAGGGGAAUGGAAAGUUACCUGUCAAGUGGAUGGCACUGGAGUCUUUAACACAUCGAAUAUUUACUACUCAUAGUGAUGUAUGGUCGUUCGGUGUGGUGAUGUGGGAGGUGGUGUCAGUGGGAUGUGCGCCGUACCCCGCAGUGGCGGCCGCGCGCCUCCCGCGCCUGCUGCGCGCCGGAUACCGCAUGCCCCGUCCUGCCAACUGCACGCCGCAACUUUACGAAGUGAUGAUGAGUUGUUGGCGCGUGAGGCCAAACGAGCGGCCGACGUUCGCGAAGCUGCGGGAGAAGCUGGACGCGUUACUCUCCGUCGCAGCGUCAGACCACUACCUUACCCUGGACGCACCCAUGGACCCACCGUCUCCGCCUGCAUCUCCCGCACUCAUCCCCACUACAGCCCCACAUAGUGCCCCACCACCGGCGCUCGAUGCCCUUCUCAGUGACAAGAAGGAAUGGCAGCGAAGUCAUCAUUACGAGCGGCCUAGUACGCUCAGCAAUCGUUACACCUCGCCGCCCGUCACGCAGACCGCGUGACAUGUGACGUGACACCGCGAGAUGUUGCGUGAUGCGUCGUGAUACCUCGAUAUAUCACGCCGGCAACACCAACUAAAGUAAUGUAAAAUAUACUUGUACAGUUAUUGUAAAAUAAAAUAUAAUUAGAACUUCAA